GAGUGUGUGGGAGCAUCAUGUGGAGGAAGGCUUCAGCAGCGGCCCUGCUGGCGUUAGCUGUUGGCUAUUUCUACAAUGGCAGCCCAGACCUGCCAGAGCAGAUUCUGCAGUAUAUCAGCCUGCCAAACUUUCAGCAAUCAUAUCAGAGCCAGAACAGCCAAAACAGCCUGGAGCAGGUGAUCUCCGCUGCCUGGGAGAAUCUGAUAACUCUACCGACCCGACAGUGGAGCAAAGUGGCAGUAGGGGUGAAUGCCUGUGUCGAUGUGGUCGUCUCAGGAGUGGGACUGCUGCAGGCGCUGGCUGUGGAUCCUGGCACCGGCCUGGAUCACGAAGUGUUGCACUCCAAAGAGGACUUGAAGGAAGCCUUCAUCCAUUACAUGGAGCGCGGAGCAGCUGCCGAGCGCUUCUUCAGCGACAAGGAGGUCUUUCAGAGGAUUGCCCGUGCAGCUGCGGAGUACCCCGGGGCGAAGCUGUAUGUGGGAGGGAAUGCUGCCCUCAUUGGCCAGAAGCUCGCUACUUACCCUGACCUGAUGGUUUUGUUAUGUGGGCCAGUCGGUCCUAAACUUCACGAGAUGCUGGAUGAGCAGAUAGUUGUCCCCCCGGAGUCUCUCCAGGAGACAGAUGAAUUUCACCUCAUCCUGGAGUAUAAAGCAGGUGAACAGUGGGGUUCAACUCAGGCACCUCAAGCCAACCGCUUCAUCUUCUCUCACGAUGUGUCCAACGGGGAGAUGAGCUCACUGGAGACGUUCGUGGCGAGUCUGGACGAGUUUCAGCCGGAACUCGUCGUCCUGUCGGGGCUCCACAUGAUGGAGGGUCAGGGCAGAGAGUUGUGGGAGGAUCGACUGAAAGAGGCUGUGUCAGCCAUAUCUGACAUUCGUAAGGAUAUUCCCAUCCAUCUGGAGCUGGCAAGCAUGACCGACAAAGACUACAUGAACAGCAUUAUGCAGGAGCAGGUUAUGCCCAUUGUCAGCUCCAUCGGCCUGAACGAGCAGGAGCUGCUCUUUCUCUCUCAGGCUGGUGAGGGGCCUCAUGCAGACGUGACUGCCUGGAAAGGCAUUCCAGACGUGGGCCGGGUCAGCGACAUCCUCCACUGGAUCUUGGAGCAGCACGGCCGCAGUGACCCAUCGUCAGAAGCGGACCUGACUCGCAUUCACUUCCACACGCUGGCCUACCACAUCCUGGCUACGGUGGAUGGAUACUGGGGGAACCAGGCGGCAGCAGUGAUGGCUGGAGCGCGAGUGGCCAGCAGUCAGGCCUGUGGCCUCCAGUCUGUUGACGUUAGCAAAGUGGAGCUCAAAGCCCCACAAGAGUUUCACAGCUCGCACACUGAGCCACGGGAGAAGCUGUCCCUGAAUCCAGCAGAGCCUGUUACUGUGUGGCGCAGGGGAAACGUCACCUUCCACCUGACACCGGUGCUGGUCUGCAAACAGCCACUUCGGACAGUAGGGCUCGGGGAUGCCAUCUCAGCAGAGGGAUUAGUUUACUCAGAGUUAAAGACCCAGCAGCCCUUCUGAGGAUUGCUUGAAUCUGACACUCCAUUUCUCUGGAAAACAUUGAUUGGAAGUGCUGAAAAGAGCCAGUGAAGUUUCACUUGCAGUGGUGUUGGAGUCAUGUUUCUAAACCUGUUUAGGCAUCUGUGUCCUAAACCAGGUUUUGUGUCUUCCUUCCCGAAGCUCCACUGAGUUUAAGAAUGUGAUCGAUGGUGAUAGUUUUAAAAUCCUGCCUGAUAAUUUUUUUCCAGCCUGCUCCGGUCUCCUCUGUUCUCCCUCCUCUAGUCCUCCAGCAGACACAGAAACUGAGGCAGAGCUUUACAGCAGUGGAUCUAACCCGGGCUGUGAGGUGGCCUGACUCUAUGCACUGGGUGCAGCUUAAAGCCAUCUCCACAAACUCCAAAGAGUUUUGUUGGCUCACCCAAUUUACGUUGACCUGCAUACCUUCAGUAUGCUGUGCCUUGAGAAAAUAAAAGUAAUCAUUAAAUAUUUUAGUCAUAUUUCAGAGCCAGACAAACUCAAAAUUAAGUCUCACAUCAGUUACCUUUCUGAUAUGUAUACUCUAUAUAUAUACACACACACAUAAACAAUUGUGUUUGACUGGAGACUGACGGGCGUCUUACUAUAUUGUAGAAUCUAAGUGGUAUUCUCGAUGUUAUUUGUUUCUUCAACUUUUGGUGCAUUGACGUCAAAUAGUCACUAGAUCACUUGAAAGCUCAUUCUCCUAUGCCUAUCUGACUUCUUUACGUGUAUUAACUGUUAUGUAGAAAUACUUGACAUGUAUGUUAUUUGUCCUGUGAGGAUAAAAAUCCUAGUGCGAGUUUGUGUUAUCUCCAUUUUUGGCCUAAACACUCCCACUAUAAAGAUGUUUAAGUUUGGAAACUCUGCCCAGUGCAAACAACAUUUUUAGGGUUGUUAUAAUCUCCGUUGCUUGCUCUACAUUAUAAAUUGCUGAAGCAGCAUCCAUAUAAAUUGUUGAUCAAUGAAAUGUCACACUUAUAAAUGCAAAGUUAAAUGUGGUCUUGAAGGGGAUUCUUCUUUAUGCAGUAGAGCUCAGUUUACAAUCAGAUGCCAGCCAAUUAACCUAAAGGUUCUGUUGGAGACAAAAGGUAAAAUAUAAUGCGGCGUAGGUCAUGUUAUCAGGGUCACUGUACGUGUUUUUUUCUGUAUUGUUGGGUUUGUACAAUCUUUCAGUUAUUGCUUUCCUUCACUUACAAGAUGUGAUUAUGUCCUGGAAAACCUUACAACCUGACCAGUGCAACAUACUGCAUAUACAAUUUAGCAUAUAGAUAAAUUGUGCUUUUUCAUGGGUGGGUUGGUUGGUUGUUGAUUUUUUUUCCUGAGCUUACUUAGGAACGCCUGCAUCAUGUUAGAUGUGCAGUAUGUAACUGUCUGAGCAGCGUAUUUGUAUACCUCACAUGGCCACUGAAGGCAUGCAAUAAUGGAGUCUUAAUGCAAACAUACAACUGAAAGAUGUAUGGCGUUUUGUUUAGCAGAAUGAAUUCUUUGCACUAGUGGGAAGUGGCAGGUGUGCCUGCAAAGGUGAAUGUAAUCUUAACUCCAGACCCCCUUUUAUUUUUUUAGCAAGAACAAUCUAUUCAACAUACUAAUUUCAUAGUUUGUGUCUCAUGUUUUUAACAUUUGUAACUGUCAACAAGUUUCAUUUACUUGUAGUUUGUCAUUAAAAUAUGUAUGGAGAGUA